ACAUCUAUUUUCCCAGGACAAGAAGUUGUGAGUAGGGUGCGCAUAUUGACAGAUGAGAAUAUCCGGAACGAAAGCCUUGUGAGACAAGCUGACUGAUUUUUGUGGGUGGAUAUCACUUUGUUGUCCGCCGGAGAAACAAGAGUUGCCAUGGAAACUAUUUUUCUCUUUCUCUCUUCACUCCUGGUGUGUGUGGCUGCUGAAACAGACCCACAGGAAAACGAAGAGAAAGUUGAAAACCCAUUUGUUUACGACUAUGAGAGUCUCAGGAUUUGGGGACUGGCAUUUGCUGUGGUGCUGUUCACACUGGGCAUUCUUCUCAUCCUCAGUCGGCGAUGCAAGUGCAGUCUCAACCAGAAACCCAGGGCCCCUGGAGAUGAGGAGGCACAGGAGGAGAACCUGAUUGUCUCCAAGGCUUCGGCGGCUGAAAAAGAGACUCCAGCAGAGAACUGAGGCAACGCCACGGGGCCAGACUGCCUUCUGAAAUGAUGAUCAGUGUUAUUUGAUAUUAAGCCACUGUAACAAUGAAGAAACUGUUGAUUAUUAUAACUGGUUAUAUGACAGGGUAAGAGGGGAGGUAUACAUUUAGAGGUAUAACAUGUACAUAAAUCUUGUGCCCUUAAGACAAACCUUUAGCCUGUUGUGCUCUGUUGUGACCGUGCCAGUCCCUCAGUUCUCUUGUCCGUCCCUGUGCCUUUCUGUGACAGUCUCUCAAUCCAGUUCUUUGUCUUAGUUAGUAGCACCUUUCACACAAGAUUGUCUUUUAAGCACUAGAAGAAUUUUUAAUGUUGUGUGGUCUGCUGUUCUUUGUUUUGUACUUCUGUUGCCUUUAGGUUUUAGGAUAUGUUGUUUAUUGAUAUUUUGUCAAUUUUGUCAAUUGUCCUGGAUAAUGCUUGUCACAUUUGGAUUAUUAUAUAUAUCCAUAUAUACAGUAUACAUAAAUAACUAAAUAUAAAAGUACAGCUAGUUUAUGGAUAAGAUAUACAGUUAAAUAUCAUUCAUUUAGAUCUAUGUUUGAGUGGUUGGGUGUGUUUGCGUGCACAUGUGGAUAUGUAUGCGUGCAUACCCUGUAUAUGUGUGACUGUGUGUACAUCACGAGUGCGUGUGUAUCUCUACAUGUAAAUGUGAUGAGCCUUAUAUAAGACAAUCUCAACUGCCACAGCUCUCUGACUGAGCAAAAGGAAUGGUUUGCAGGUAUCUGCAUGAGCUCCUCCACUGCAGUGUUUAAUCGUCUAUAGUUGAGUGAGCUCCUGCAUCAGCUGUCUCACUGCCUUCUUCUCCACACAUCCACUCCACUGCUCCGUCACUGGCUCCGCCAGGCUUAGGUAGUCUCCAGCAGCCUAUGAUUAGUUUCCCCAUACACACUCACUAGUGCCGCAAAUCUGUGAAGCCCGGUCUCUUUAUUUUUUCUGUUCUGUUUGUUUAAUAAAUUGCUUAGUGAGUCUUUCUAAUGUCAUGAUGCUUUGAAUGUCUCACAGAAUGAUCAUGUAGUACAUUUCUAAAAAAGAGAGACAAAGUUUGGGUGCUAAGUUUGAGAGAAGUGAAACUUAAAAUUGUUAUGUUAUUUCUGUGACUACAUUAAUAGUAGCCUAAUGUAAGCCAAAUCAUACCGAGAGAACAAAUGAACAGUCCUUUUUGUAAAUCUCCUGUCGAGUCAGGCUUUCACCAAUCUUAGGUCUGAGUAUAC